AUGUUCCAAGUGCUCUCAUCUGAUGAAGGACCCUGUUUGUCUGGGAAUGUGUCCUGCUCUGGCGCCCGAGCAGGAGAAGGCUGUGUGGUCUGUCUCAGUCCGGCCUGGGUGCAGGACGUUCAGAUCAACAGACAGCUGAGCAGCAUCAUCGAACUCUUCUGUGGCCUGGACAAACUGCUUAGCCCCACAGCAACAGAAGAUUCAACAAAACAAGAAACCCCUGCCGCAAACCAGAAGAAGAAUUUCAAAAUCUGGUUCAGCCCUCGCAGUCGAAAGAUCCGCUGUCUGGUGGAAAAGGCUUCAGAGGAGACAGCACCAGAGCGCUCGCCUCCGGGAACAACCGCUGCAGACACGACAAAUCCACCCAAAGACCUUUCCGUUUUUAAUUUCACUUCCUCUUCUCAAGACUCUGGCAGUCCUCAAACACGCAACUCAAUUAAGAGAAACCAAAGGCGAGGAAAGAAAAGUGCUCCGAGCCGAAAGCGUGCAUCAGUUUGCGCCGCUAAGAAUCCGGCCGCACAGAAACUGAGCCGGCUCCAGGCUGUAAAUGAGCAGUGGGGCAUCUCCGAGGGGCCCGUGGCGUUUAAGGAUCAGCCGCCGUGCAUAGAGCCGCCGCCGCGCAGGUCCGGUAAGAGAGUUUCCUUUGGAGGGCCUGCUGUCACCUCCAACCCGCCUUGUGCUCCAUUGCCCCAGGGGACUCCUAAUGAACUCAGCCCUGGCACUGUGCAGAGAACUGUCCUGGAAACUAAAUCCAACGACCAAGCAGCAGAGCCUAACACAGAAAUACUGCACAAUUCUGAACCCAGUUGCACGCCUCCUGCUGGUAAAUGUGAAACGGAGAGCAAUGCUGAGAGAAAGAAGGAGAAUGAGCCUUCCCCUGCCGUGAAAAGAUCAAGGGCGGAGGAAAACGGCGCCUUGGACUUGACACCGAAACGUCCCCGGCCUUCGCCAGGGAGCAGGAGGAGACCAGGAGGUCGUGGAGCGCCCUGUGUCCUGAGCUCUCCGUCUCUGUCCAGUCCUGCGUGUUCAAAGGCAACCCGGAGCCCCCGAGUGGAGCUAGGAGACAGCCCUUCCACCUCCCCGAGCAGCAUCAGCACAAAAUCUCCCCGCCUCUGCUCCGGAAGCCCCGCGGUGAUGAAGAGGAACCAUAAGGGAGAGACGCCGCUGCAUAUCGCUGCCAUAAAGGGAGAUGCAGAAACUGUCAGAAAACUGCUGGAGCAAGAGGCAGACCCCAAUCUGAAGGAUAACGCCGGCUGGACACCGCUGGUUGAAGCUGGGAGGGUGAAUUGCUGCAGGAGCCGAGGACUGGGUCCGUGCUACUUCUCAGAGCGACAUGAAGCCUGUAACCUUGGGCACCUGGCAGUUGUGGAAAUCCUGGUUUCGAUGGGAGCGCUUCUGAACACGCCCGGCUACAAGAACGAGACGCCGCUUCAUGACGCUGUGAGGAACGGACACUCGGCUGUAGUCAGACGCCUGCUGCAGCUCGGGGCCUCCACAAACCUGCUUAAUUUGUACGGAAAGAGGCCUUCAGAUUAUGCAGCGAGUCGUGAGAUGUUGGAGAUUUUCCAGGAAACCACUGAAAGAACUGCAACAACAGCUCUGAGCCCCGCUGUGGUAAAAUCCAGCGUGGGAAGAAGCGAUGGAACUCUGGUGUUUGUGUCCAGUAAGCUGUCGGCGAGCGAGCAGCAGCAGCUCUGCAGACUGGGACGGCUGCUCCGGGCCACGAUCAGCGACGCCGUCACCGAAGCAGUGACUCAUGUUGUGGUGCCUGACGGACAGAUGCCCACCACUUUCAGCAGUCUCCUGGGGGUCCUGAUGGGCAGCUGGGUGGUGCACUACAGCUGUGGGAGAGGACUGGGUGCAGGGUGGAGAGGACUGGGUGCAGGGUGGAGAGGACUGGGUGCAGGGUGGAGAGGACUGGGUGCAGGGUGGAGAGGACUGGGUGCAGGGUGGAGAGGACUGGGUGCAGGGUGGAGAGGACUGGGUGCAGGGUGGAGAGAGGACUGGGUGCAGGGUGGAGAGAGGACUGGGUGCAGGGUGGAGAGAGGACUGGGUGCAGGGUGGAUGGAGAGGACUGGGUGCAGGGUGGAUGGAGAGGACUGGGUGCAGGGUGGAUGGAGAGGACUGGGUGCAGGGUGGAUGGAGAGGACUGGGUGCAGGGUGGAUGGAGAGGACUGGGUGCAGGGUGGAGAGAGGACUGGGUGCAGGGUGGAGAGAGGACUGGGUGCAGGGUGGAGAGAGGACUGGGUGCAGGGUGGAGAGGACUGGGUGCAGGGUGGAGAGGACUGGGUGCAGGGUGGAGAGGACUGGGUGCAGGGUGGAGAGAGGACUGGGUGCAGGGUGGAGAGAGGACUGGGUGCAGGGUGGAUGGAGAGGACUGGGUGCAGGGUGGAUGGAGAGGACUGGGUGCAGGGUGGAUGGAGAGGACUGGGUGCAGGGUGGAGAGAGGACUGGGUGCAGGGUGGAGAGGACUGGGUGCAGGGUGGAGAGGACUGGGUGCAGGGUGGAGAGGACUGGGUGCAGGGUGGAGAGAGGACUGGGUGCAGGGUGGAGAGGACUGGGUGCAGGGUGGAGAGGACUGGGUGCAGGGUGGAGAGGACUGGGUGCAGGGUGGAGAGAGGACUGGGUGCAGGGUGGAGAGAGGACUGGGUGCAGGGUGGAUGGAGAGGACUGGGUGCAGGGUGGAUGGAGAGGACUGGGUGCAGGGUGGAUGGAGAGGACUGGGUGCAGGGUGGAGAGAGGACUGGGUGCAGGGUGGAGAGGACUGGGUGCAGGGUGGAGAGGACUGGGUGCAGGGUGGAGAGGACUGGGUGCAGGGUGGAGAGAGGACUGGGUGCAGGGUGGAGAGAGGACUGGGUGGAGAGAGGACUGGGUGCAGGGUGGAGAGAGGACUGGGUGCAGGGUGGAUGGAGAGGACUGGGUGCAGGGUGGAUGGAGAGGACUGGGUGCAGGGUGGAUGGAGAGGACUGGGUGCAGGGUGGAUGGAGAGGACUGGGUGCAGGGUGGAGAGAGGACUGGGUGCAGGGUGGAGAGAGGACUGGGUGCAGGGUGGAGAGGACUGGGUGCAGGGUGGAUGGAGAGGACUGGGUGCAGGGUGGAGAGGACUGGGUGCAGGGUGGAGAGAGGACUGGGUGCAGGGUGGAGAGAGGACUGGGUGCAGGGUGGAGAGGACUGGGUGCAGGGUGGAGAGGACUGGGUGCAGGGUGGAUGGAGAGGACUGGGUGCAGGGUGGAGAGGACUGGGUGCAGGGUGGAGAGGACUGGGUGCAGGGUGGAUGGAGAGGACUGGGUGCAGGGUGGAGAGAGGACUGGGUGCAGGGUGGAUGGAGAGGACUGGGUGCAGGGUGGAGAGAGGACUGGGUGCAGGGUGGAGAGAGGACUGGGUGCAGGGUGGAGAGAGGACCGGGUGCAGGGUGGAUGGAGAGGACUGGGUGCAGGGUGGAGAGGACUGGGUGCAGGGUGGAGAGGACUGGGUGCAGGGUGGAGAGAGGACUGGGUGCAGGGUGGAGAGGACUGGGUGCAGGGUGGAGAGGACUGGGUGCAGGGUGGAUGGAGAGGACUGGGUGCAGGGUGGAGAGGACUGGGUGCAGGGUGGAUGGAGAGGACUGGGUGCAGGGUGGAGAGAGGACUGGGUGCAGGGUGGAGAGGACUGGGUGCAGGGUGGAUGGAGAGGACUGGGUGCAGGGUGGAGAGGACUGGGUGCAGGGUGGAGAGGACUGGGUGCAGGGUGGAGAGGACUGGGUGCAGGGUGGAGAGGACUGGGUGCAGGGUGGAGAGAGGACUGGGUGCAGGGUGGAGAGGACUGGGUGCAGGGUGGAGAGAGACUGGGUGCAGGGUGGAGAGAGGACUGGGUGCAGGGUGGAGAGGACUGGGUGCAGGGUGGAGAGGACUGGGUGCAGGGUGGAGAGGACUGGGUGCAGGGUGGAGAGAGGACUGGGUGCAGGGUGGAGAGAGGACUGGGUGCAGGGUGGAGAGAGGACUGGGUGCAGGGUGGAGAGAGGACUGGGUGCAGGGUGGAGAGGGACUGGGUGCAGGGUGGAGAGAGGACUGGGUGCAGGGUGGAGAGAGGACUGGGUGCAGGGUGGAGAGAGGACUGGGUGCAGGGUGGAGAGAGGACUGGGUGCAGGGUGGAGAGGACUGGGUGCAGGGUGGAGAGGACUGGGUGCAGGGUGGAGAGGACUGGGUGCAGGGUGGAGAGGACUGGGUGCAGGGUGGAGAGAGGACUGGGUGCAGGGUGGAGAGGACUGGGUGCAGGGUGGAGAGAGGACUGGGUGCAGGGUGGAGAGAGGACUGGGUGCAGGGUGGAGAGAGGACUGGGUGCAGGGUGGAGAGGACUGGGUGCAGGGUGGAGAGGACUGGGUGCAGGGUGGAGAGGACUGGGUGCAGGGUGGAGAGGACUGGGUGCAGGGUGGAGAGGACUGGGUGCAGGGUGGAGAGAGGACUGGGUGCAGGGUGGAAGAGGACUGGGUGCAGGGUGGAGAGAGGACUGGGUGCAGGGGUGGAGAGGUGCAGGGUGGAGAGAGGACUGGGUGCAGGGUGGAGAGAGGACUGGGUGCAGGGUGGAGAGAGGACUGGGUGCAGGGUGGAGAGAGGACUGGGUGCAGGGUGGAGAGAGGACUGGGUGCAGGGUGGAGAGAGGACUGGGUGCAGGGUGGAGAGAGGACUGGGUGCAGGGUGGAGAGAGGACUGGGUGCAGGGUGGAGAGAGGACUGGGUGCAGGGUGGAGAGGACUGGGUGCAGGGUGGAGAGGGACUGGGUGCAGGGUGGAGAGGACUGGGUGCAGGGUGGAGAGGGACUGGGUGCAGGGUGGAGAGAGGACUGGGUGCAGGUGGAGAGGACUGGUGCGGGUGAGAGGACUGGGUGCAGGGUGGAGAGAGGACUGGGUGCAGGGUGGAGAGAGGACUGGGUGCAGGGUGGAGAGAGGACUGGGUGCAGGGUGGAGAGAGACUGGGUGCAGGGUGGAGAGGACUGGGUGCAGGGUGGAGAGGACUGGGUGCAGGGUGGAGAGGGACUGGGUGCAGGGUGGAGAGAGGACUGGGUGCAGGGUGGAGAGAGGACUGGGUGCAGGGUGGAGAGAGGACUGGGUGCAGGGUGGAGAGAGGACUGGGUGCAGGGUGGAGAGAGGACUGGGUGCAGGGUGGAGAGAGGACUGGGUGCAGGGUGGAGAGAGACUGGGUGCAGGGUGGAGAGAGGACUGGGUGCAGGGUGGAGAGAGGACUGGGUGCAGGGUGGAGAGAGGACUGGGUGCAGGGUGGAGAGAGGACUGGGUGCAGGGUGGAGAGAGGACUGGGUGCAGGGUGGAGAGGACUGGGUGCAGGGUGGAGAGGACUGGGUGCAGGGUGGAGAGGACUGGGUGCAGGGUGGAGAGGACUGGGUGCAGGGUGGAGAGAGGACUGGGUGCAGGGUGGAGAGAGGACUGGGUGCAGGGUGGAGAGAGGACUGGGUGCAGGGUGGAGAGAGGACUGGGUGCAGGGUGGAGAGAGGACUGGGUGCAGGGUGGAGAGAGGACUGGGUGCAGGGUGGAGAGAGACUGGGUGCAGGGUGGAGAGAGGACUGGGUGCAGGGUGGAGAGAGGACUGGGUGCAGGGUGGAGAGAGGACUGGGUGCAGGGUGGAGAGAGGACUGGGUGCAGGGUGGAGAGGACUGGGUGCAGGGUGGAGAGGACUGGGUGCAGGGUGGAGAGGACUGGGUGCAGGGUGGAGAGGACUGGGUGCAGGGUGGAGAGAGGACUGGGUGCAGGGUGGAGAGGACUGGGUGCAGGGUGGAGAGAGGACUGGGUGCAGGGUGGAGAGAGGACUGGGUGCAGGGUGGAGAGAGGACUGGGUGCAGGGUGGAGAGAGGACUGGGUGCAGGGUGGAGAGGACUGGGUGCAGGGUGGAGAGAGGACUGGAUGCAGGGUGGAGAGGACUGGGUGCAGGGUGGAGAGGACUGGGUGCAGGGUGGAGAGGACUGGGUGCAGGGUGGAGAGGACUGGGUGCAGGGUGGCGAGAGGACUGGGUGCAGGGUGGCGAGAGGACUGGGUGCAGGGUGGAGAGGACUGGGUGCAGGGUGGAGAGGACUGGGUGCAGGGUGGAGAGAGGACUGGGUGCAGGGUGGAGAGAGGACUGGGUGCAGGGUGGAGAGAGGACUGGGUGCAGGGUGGAGAGAGGACUGGGUGCAGGGUGGAGAGAGGACUGGGUGCAGGGUGGAGAGAGGACUGGGUGCAGGGUGGAGAGAGGACUGGGUGCAGGGUGGAGAGAGGACUGGGUGCAGGGUGGAGAGAGGACUGGCAGGUGGAGCAGGGUGCAGGUGGAGGACUGGGUGCAGGGUGGAGAGGACUGGGUGCAGGGUGGAGAGAGGACUGGGUGCAGGGUGGAGAGAGGACUGGGUGCAGGGUGGAGAGAGGACUGGGUGCAGGGUGGAGAGAGGACUGGGUGCAGGGUGGAGAGGACUGGGUGCAGGGUGGAGAGAGGACUGGGUGCAGGGUGGAGAGAGGACUGGGUGCAGGGUGGAGAGAGGACUGGGUGCAGGGUGGAGAGAGGACUGGGUGCAGGGUGGAGAGAGGACUGGGUGCAGGGUGGAGAGAGGACUGGGUGCAGGGUGGAGAGAGGACUGGGUGCAGGGUGGAUGGAGAGGACUGGGUGCAGGGUGGAUGGAGAGGACUGGGUGCAGGGUGGAGGGAGGACUGGGUGCAGGGUGGGUGGAGAGGACUGGGUGCAGGGUGGAGAGAGGACUGGGUGCAGGGUGGAGAGAGGACGGGUGCAGGGUGGAUGAGAGGACUGGGUGCAGGGUGGAGAGAGGACUGGGGGUGGAGGCAUGUCUGCAGGCACAUGAGAGGACGCCCGAGGUGCAGCACGAAGCCGGAGAAGGCCCCCAGCGCAGUCGCAUCAAUAGAUGUAGUCUGCUUCCUCCUCUGUUCGACGGCUGCUUCUUCUUCCUCUUGGGUUCUUUCUCGGCUCCGACCAAAAUCGAGCUCUGUCGGCUGCUGCGAGAGAGCGGCGGGCAGAUCCUCAGCCGCCAGCCCAAACCGGACAGCGACGUCACGCAGACCGUCAGCGCCGCCGCUUUCCACGCCGCCCCGGGCUCCGACCAGGCCCUGUGCACCCACUACAUCCUGUACGACCCCCAAGGACCCCACAGACCCACGGUGCUGCGCAGAGGCAAGGUGUGGACCGCCCCCUGCUACUGGGUCAUCCACUGCAUCGCUGCCUUCACGCUGCUCCCACCCAAGUCCUCGAACCCUCUCCCCCCUCACCUCUGGAGCUCUCUCCUCCCUCACCUCUGGAGCUCUCUCCUCCCUCACCUCUGGAGCUCUCUCCUCCCUCACCUCUGGAGCUCUCUCCUCCCCUCACCUCUGGAACCCUCUCCCCCCUCACCUCUGGAGCUCUCUCCUCCCCUCACCUCUGGAGCUCUCUCCUCCCCUCACCUCUGGAGCUCUCUCCUCCCCUCACCUCUGGAACCCUCUCCCCCUCACCUCUGGAACCCUCUCCCCCCUCACCUCACCUCUGGAGCUCUCUCCUCCCCUCACCUCUGGAGCUCUCUCCCCCCCACCUCUGGAGCUCUCUCCUCCCCUCACCUCUGGAACUCUCUGGAGCUCUCUCCUCCCCUCACCUCUGGAGCUCUCUCCCCCCUCACCUCUGGAGCUCUCUCCUCCCUCACCUCUGGAGCUCUCUCCUCCCCUCACCUCUGGAGCUCUCUCCUCCCCUCACCUCUGGAGCUCUCUCCUCCCCUCACCUCUGGAGCUCUCUCCUCCCCUCACCUCUGGAGCUCUCUCCUCCCUCACCUCUGGAGCUCUCUCCUCCCUCACCUCUGGAGCUCUCUCCUCCCCUCACCUCUGGAACUCUUCCUCCCUCACUCUGGAGCUCUCUCCUCCCCUCACCUCUGGACUCUCCUCCCCUCACCUCUGGAGCUCUCUCCUCCCUCACCUCUGGAGCUCUCUCCUCCCUCACCUCUGGAGCUCUCUCCUCCUCACCUCUGGAGCUCUCUCCUCCCCUCACCUCUGGAACUCUCUCCUCCCCUCACCUCUGGAACUCUCUCCUCCCCUCACCUCUGGAACUCUCUCCUCCCUCACCUCUGGAGCUCUCUCCUCCCUCACCUCUGGAACUCUCUCCUCCCUCAGCUCUGGAGCUCUCUCCUCCCUCACCUUGAACUCUCUCCUCCCUCACCUCUGGAGCUCUCUCCUCCCUCCCCUCACCUCACCUCUGGAACCCUCUCCCCCCUCCCCUCACCUCUGGAGCUCUCUCCUCCCCUCACUCUGGAGCUCUCUCCUCCCCUCACCUCUGGAACUCUCUCCUCCCUCACCUCUGGAGCUCUCUCCUCCCUCCUCACCUCUGGAGCUCUCUCCUCCCUCACCUCUGGAGCUCUCUCCUCCCCUCACCUCUGGAGCUCUCUCCUCCCUCACCUCUGGAGCUCUCUCCUCCCUCACCUCUGGAGCUCUCUCCUCCCUCCCCUCACCUCUGGAGCUCUCUCCUCCCUCCCCUCACCUCUGGAGCUCUCUCCUCCUCCCCUCACCUCUGGAGCUCUCUCCUCCCUCCCCUCACCUCUGGAGCUCUCUCCUCCCUCACCUCUGGAGCUCUCUCCUCCCCUCACCUCUGGAGCUCUCUCCUCCCCUCACCUCUGGAACUCUCUCCUCCCCUCACCUCUGGAGCUCUCCUCCCUCACCUCUGGAACUCUCUCCUCCCUCACCUCUGGAACUCUCUCCUCCCUCAGCUCUGGAGCUCUCUCCUCCCUCACCUCUGGAACCCUCUCCCCCCUCACCUCACCUCUGGAGCUCUCCUCCCUCACCUCACCUCUGGAGCUCUCUCCUCCCCUCACCUCUGGAACUCUCUCCUCCCUCACCCUCUGGAGCUCUCUCCUCCCCUCACCUCUGGAGCUCUCUCCCCCCUCACCUCUGGAGCUCUCUCCUCCCCUCACCUCUGGAGCUCUCUCCUCCCCUCACCUCUGGAGCUCUCUCCUCCCUCACCUCCCUCACCUCUGGAGCUCUCUCCUCCCUCACCUCUGGAGCUCUCUCCUCUACUCUGGAGCUCUCUCCUCCCUCACCUCUGGAGCUCUCUCCUCCCUCACCUCUGGAGCUCUCCCUCCCUCUCCCUCACCUCUGGAGCUCUCUCCUCCCCUCACCUCUGGAGCUCUCUCCUCCCUCACCUCUGGAGCUCUCUCCCCUCACCUCACCUCUCCCCCUCACCUCUGGAGCUCUCUCCUCCCCUCACCUCUGGAGCUCUCUCCUCCCCUCACCUCUGGAACUCUCUCCUCCCCUCACCUCUGGACUCUCUCCUCCCCUCACCUCUGGAGCUCUCUCUCCUCCCUCACCUCUGGAACUCUCUCCUCCCUCAGCUCUGGAGCUCUCUCCUCCCUCACCUCUGGAACUCUCUCCUCCCUCAGCUCUGGAGCUCUCUCCUCCCUCACCUCUGGAGCUCUCUCCUCCCUCCCCUCACCUCACCUCUGGAACCCUCUCCCCCCUCCCCUCACCUCUGGAGCUCUCUCCUCCCCUCACCUCUGGAGCUCUCUCCUCCCCUCACCUCUGGAACUCUCUCCUCCCUCACCUCUGGAGCUCUCUCCUCCCUCACCUCUGGAGCUCUCUCCUCCCUCACCUCUGGAGCUCUCUCCUCCCCUCACCUCUGGAGCUCUCUCCUCCCUCACCUCUGGAGCUCUCUCCUCCCUCACCUCUGGAGCUCUCUCCUCCCUCCCCUCACCUCUGGAGCUCUCUCCUCCCUCCCCUCACCUCUGGAGCUCUCUCCUCCCUCCCCUCACCUCUGGAGCUCUCUCCUCCCUCCCCUCACCUCUGGAGCUCUCUCCUCCCUCACCUCUGGAGCUCUCUCCUCCCCUCACCUCUGGAGCUCUCUCCUCCCCUCACCUCUGGAACUCUCUCCUCCCCUCACCUCUGGAGCUCUCCUCCCUCACCUCUGGAACUCUCUCCUCCCCUCACCUCUGGAACUCUCUCCUCCCUCAGCUCUGGAGCUCUCUCCUCCCUCACCUCUGGAACUCUCUCCUCCCUCAGCUCUGGAGCUCUCUCCUCCCUCACCUCUGGAACUCUCUCCUCCCUCACCUCUGGAACUCUCUCCUCCCUCACCUCUGGAGCUCUCUCCUCCCUCCCCUCACCUCACCUCUGGAACUCUCUCCUCCCUCACCUCUGGAGCUCUCUCCUCCCCUCACCUCUGGAACUCUCUCCUCCCCUCACCUCUGGAGCUCUCCUCCCUCACCUCUGGAGCUCUCUCCUCCCUUACCUCUGGAACUCUCUCCUCCCUCAGCUUUGGAGCUCUCUCCUCCCUCACCUCUGGAACUCUCUCCUCCCUCACCUCUGGAACUCUCUCCUCCCUCACCUCUGGAACUCUCUCCUCCCUCAGCUCUGGAGCUCUCUCCUCCCUCACCUCACCCCUGGAACUCCCCCUCCCCUCACCUCUGGAACUUUUAG